AAAGAGAUUCGAAUCUCUUUGACGCCGCUAGCAAAAACCGGAAGAGGUGAUACGAACACUUCCGGUAACCGAUUCCGCUGUGAUGGCGGGUGACGAGUCAGGAGUUACGCUGGGCCAGCCCCAUCUCUCUCGACAAGAUCUAAAUACAUUAGAUGUGACCACACUAACACCUCUCUCCCCGGAAAUCAUUAGCAGACAGGCUACAAUAAAUAUUGGCACCAUUGGUCAUGUGGCUCACGGAAAGUCCACAGUAGUGAAAGCCAUCUCUGGAGUGCAUACUGUCAGGUUCAAGAAUGAGCUGGAGAGGAAUAUUACCAUCAAGCUGGGCUAUGCUAAUGCAAAGGUGUAUAAACUGGAUGACCCCAGCUGCCCACGCCCCGAGUGCUAUAGGUCAUGCGGCAGCAGCACGCCUGACGAGUUCCCCACUGACAUCCCUGGCACCAAGGGCAACUUCAAACUAGUCAGGCAUGUCUCGUUUGUGGACUGUCCGGGUCACGACAUCCUGAUGGCCACUAUGUUGAAUGGCGCCGCAGUUAUGGAUGCUGCACUGCUGCUGAUUGCGGGGAACGAGUCGUGCCCGCAGCCACAGACAUCAGAACACCUGGCAGCCAUCGAGAUUAUGAAGCUGAAACACAUCCUGAUCCUGCAGAAUAAGAUUGACCUGGUGAAGGAGAGCCAGGCCAAAGAGCAGUAUGAGCAGAUCCUGGCCUUUGUGCAGGGCACUGUGGCAGAGGGUGCUCCCAUCAUCCCCAUCUCGGCCCAGCUGAAGUACAACAUUGAGGUGGUGUGUGAGUACAUUGUGAAGAAGAUCCCUGUGCCCAUUAGAGACUUCACCUCCGAGCCCCGCCUCAUAGUGAUCCGAUCGUUUGAUGUGAACAAGCCAGGCUGUGAGGUGGAUGACCUGAAAGGCGGUGUGGCUGGAGGUAGUAUCCUCAAAGGGGUGCUCAAGGUGGGGCAGGAGUUGGAGGUGCGGCCAGGUAUUGUGUCGAAGGACCAUGAAGGGAAGCUCAUGUGCAAACCCAUCUUCUCCAAGAUCGUUUCUCUGUUUGCUGAACACAAUGACUUGCAGUACGCUGCCCCUGGAGGUCUGAUUGGUGUGGGAACGAAGAUUGACCCGACCCUGUGCCGGGCAGACCGCAUGGUGGGGCAGGUGCUGGGAGCAGUGGGAGCGCUUCCAGAGAUUUUCACUGAGCUGGAGAUCUCUUAUUUCCUGCUGCGGAGGCUUCUGGGAGUGCGCACCGAGGGUGACAAGAAAGCAGCCAAGGUGCAGAAACUGUCUAAAAACGAGGUCCUGAUGGUCAAUAUUGGCUCCCUGUCCACGGGUGGACGGGUCAGCGCAGUGAAGGCUGAUCUGGCCAAGAUUGUUCUGACAAGCCCUGUGUGCACAGAGGUGGGUGAGAAGAUUGCACUGAGUCGCAGAGUGGAGAAACACUGGCGUCUGAUUGGCUGGGGCCAGAUCCGGAGGGGUGUGACCAUUACUCCCACUGUGGACGAUGACUGAUGGGUUGCUGGAAUGUGAUACCUGUGUGAUUCACACACCAAACCCACACACCUCUCAGUUCUUGGAUCUAUCAUCACAGGAGUUGCCUAGUUUUUUCACAGAAUUGCCAACUACUGUCAAAGAAAACUAAUAAAAUGUUUUUGGACAGAAA